AUGACAUUUGUUCUGAAACGUUUCCUUUUCAAACAAACAAGUGGAUGUUUUUCAAAAAUUUUCCAAUUGUAGGCACCUCUUCUUAUUCCUGAAGAUGUGUGUCUCAAUUGAUAAUAAAUGAAAAUGUUUCAAUCGAUACAAAAAGAUUUGGGUGUUACAAGCAAACAUUUUUCUUGGAAACUGCAUUUCCUGUAAAUUGUGAUAUUGUUUAUUAAAUUAGAGAUGGAUAAUGUAAUUUAUAUUUGCCGUAUUUGUGUAGAACAAAAUGAAUCUUUAAAAACACUUUCAGAAGUAAAUGUUGAAUGUGUAAAUGAUUACUUAUCUAUUUUGAAUGUUCUGAAGAUUCUCGUUGGAUUUGAGGUACUUGAUUCUACAUCAUAUUAUAUUUGUGAUAGAUGUGUAGAACUUGCAACAAGUUUCUAUAAAUUCAAAGUUUUAUGUGAUGGAUCAAAUAAGAAAUAUAGAAACUAUUUAGAACUUUUCAGAACUGUAAAAGUGGAAAAAUCAUAUUCAAUAAACACAUGUAACACAAGAGACCACCAGUUAAGUGAGGAUGACUUGCCUUUAUCAUUUUUCACAAGUGAUUGGAAUCAAAGUGAUAAUGAUGUAAAAAAGAGUGAAAAAAUAGAUUCAGAUGAUAAUCAUUUUAUAAAUAAAGAUGAAAAUAUUACACCGAAAAUAAGCAAGAAAAGAACUAGGAACACAAGUAAUGAAAUUUAUCAAUUCAGUAACUGUAAAUUCUGUAAUAAAUUAUUCAAAAAUAAAUAUGUUUUGAUAGCUCAUGAAAAAAGGCAUGAGAAUAAAGGAAAAUUUAUCUGUAAUGAUUGUGGAAAAGGAUUCGAUUCAAAAGGAUGUCUGAAUAGACAUAUUAAAGUUCAUACAGGUGAGAAAAAAUUUCAAUGUCAAGAAUGUCAGAGAAGUUUUUCAUCAUCCAAUAACCUCAGGCUUCAUUCUCGGAGACAUAAUGGAAUUAAGCCAUAUUUAUGUACUCAGUGUGGAAAAUCAUUCAGUCAUCCUACAGGAUUAAGUUAUCACUUAAGAACUCAUUCAAGAGAAAGACCCUAUAGAUGUGAAAUUUGUGGUAAGACUUUUGUGAUAAAAUGUCAUUUGGAUCGCCACAAAAAAAUUCAUACUGGGGAGCGACCAUUUGCUUGUAAGCAAUGUGAUAGAGCUUUCAUAAAGAAAAUUGACCUUCAAAGACAUGAACAAAUCCAUUCCGGCGAAAGACCUCAUACUUGUAAGAUUUGCAACAAGUCUUUCCUGAGAAUCCUACACCUUAACUAUCAUAUGAUGGUGCAUACAUCAGAACGACCACAUAGAUGUAUGUAUUGUGGGAAAGGUUUUAUAAGAAGAUACAAUCUUACUAGUCACGUCAAGAAAUACCAUUCAGAAGAUCCUAUUGAGGGAGCCACAGUUUUGUAACUGUUAUGUUUCAAACAGCAUAUUUUGUAAGUUAUUUGUAAAUUUUAUUCCUUAAUAUUAUUUUCAAUCAAUAAAAGGUAGGGAUGAUAUUUUACUAGAGAUGGGUAGACCAAAUAUCACUUUUUAAAAAAAUUCUUCUUGAAGAAAUGAAUGAUAUGGACAUGUUUCAAAUGUUUUUUCAGAUUGAUUCACAAAAAAAUAUUUAUUCUUGUGAAAUUUGAGAGUAACACUUUUUUAUUAUUGGAAGUUUUGAAGAAUUAUCAUUGUUAAAAUGUUCAUGAGUUCAUGAGUGUUUCAAUUUAAAAAAUUAUUUCCUAGAAAACUUAAUGGAUUAACAUUGAAUUAGAAAUGUAUUGAUACAAUAUUUUCCACUGCUAAGACCUAGCACUUAUAGUUUCGUAGUUAUUAUUUUUUGAAUAUAUUUUUUCUAUAUGAUCUCAAUAAUCACGCAAUUACCUACAAAGAAUGAUAGUCCCUUGGUUAGCUUGCCGAAUUACAAGCAUUCAUGCAGAAACUGUCUAACACCUAACGCCCACUGGAAGGCAACCUUACCUAUGUUAACUUCUUCUGUACAUAAUUUCUAAAUUAAUAUUUUUGUUUGGUCUUGCUGACCAAUGGGCAAUGACACAGAGGUCCUAUGUUCAAAUCCAUGAGUGAUUUGAGUGAAAAUAAUGAACCAUAGUAUAACAUUUGCAGCGUUUUUUGAUGAAUUUAUACAUAUAAUAUGAAGACACAUCGGUUUUUACCGCUUCAUUAUAUGUAUCGAUGCCUUCCUUCAGCUCUUGAAUUCAUGUUGUAAAACAAUUCAAUUUGGAACUCAUGUUCUGAAUAAUCAAUUCAAUCCUGGAAAAUUUUCAAAAACAAUGUUUGUAUCUGCCCAUCACUAUAUUUUUCGUGUGUUGGAAAUUCCAGCAAAACUUUGUUUUGAUUUCAUUAUUUUUAUUAUGUAAACUAAACUACAAGAUAAAUUUAAAAAUGUUUAUUAAAAUAUAAAAUUUGAACAAAUUAUUAUAUUAUAUUUUUGUCUUUAUGAAAACUUACAUCACAAGUAAAUGGAAAAAAUUCGGAGUAAUUAAAACAAAAUAAUAUAAAGUAAUAUGUAUAUACUGCUCUUCAAAAGUUAGGGAGCUCUGAAUUUUCCAAACAACAUACGUAUAUAAUAUUUUGAAAUGUAUUUUUCUUACUCUACUAUGCUACUUGAAACAAUGAUUUCAAAAGAUAUAUAUGAAUUUAUUCUUAAGUUCCCUAACUUUUGAAAAGUAUAUUUUGAGGGUGCUAUAUGAGGCAGUGUUUCAUUUUUCGAAUAGUAUAUUUUUAUUAUAAGGAGAAUAUUGAUAUUUUGAUAGAGAUUUUAUUGUCAUUUGGAAUAUAUAAAAACUUUUUUACAAAGAAUAAAUCAAUGUAUGUUCUGA